CUACAGGCUACAGCCGCCUACUACAGCCACAACCAGGCGAGCGUCCACAGUCCACACCACCACCGACUACCGCCACCGCCCAUGCCGGGCCUACUCAGCAAGGUGUCCAGCGCCGUGGCCGCCUGCGCCCGCUGCGUCUCGCGCGCGACGCGCCGCCUCCUCCGCGCGCGGCGGCCGCGCCCGCGCCGCGACCGCAGGCAGCUCCUGCCGGCCGAUGACGACCACCAGGAGUACUCCGGCGACGACUCCGGCGGGGAAGAGGGCGGCCUGUGGCGGCGGGCGAUCCUGAUGGGGGAGCGGUGUAAACCGCUCGACUUCCCCGGCGCCAUCCACUACGACAGCUUCGGCCGGCGGCUCCCGGCCGCGCCCGCGCCCCCGCCCCGCGGCGGCAAGGCGGCGCCGGGCGCGGGCGCGCUGCUCUGCCGCUCCGCGCGCGACGUCGACGAGGCCGCCCUGGCGUACAAGGUACAAGAGGGCUAGCUAGGCACGCGCUGCCGCUCCCAACCGAUCGGCGUCAAUGGCGGCGCGGUCCGUGCUCGAUCGACCCGACGCCCAUGGCGUUGUGCUGGUUUUUUUUUUGCUAGAUCGAUUUGCUAACUUUCGUGCACAUGUUGCUUGUGUUCGUCAUGUUUUUCCUGUUGGACUCUGCAGUACACUAGAAACCUCGCGGCGGCCAGUGGAUGUACCCGUGAUAUGCUUGAUUUUUUUCUUCGCGUGCGGUUGUAUAGCUAUUUUUAUAAAUGAAUUGUAGAAGCACUUUGGAUUUCGGGCAACUUUUAUAUCGAGCACUUUUUUAUUUGAAGACA